AUGGAGGACCCCUUCCUGGGACAUCAUUCGCUACCGCCGCCAGUCCACAUGCAGGGUCAUGAGGAAUUUGUGGUGGCCAGAAUCUUAGACUCCAUGGUUGAGUACACUGUCUGGUGGACUGCUGCCAGCCUCUGCUUGGUUGUGGCCAUCUGCACAGUGUCUGUCUUUGGACUCAAUACCCUGCAUAGCAGACUGGGUCCUAGUGCCCUUGGCCAUGGAAAUUCCACUUAUUUGGAUGACCAUGGGCCACCCCCUCGUAAGGUACUUCCAUUCCCUAGCCAAGUGGUGUACAACAGAGUUGGAAAAUGCGGGAGUCGGACUGUGGUUUUGCUGUUAAGAAUUCUUUCUGAGAGGCAUGGGUUCAACUUGGUUACAUCAGACAUUCAUAACAAAACUAGACUUACUAAGAAUGAACAGAUGGAGUUGAUUAAAAAUAUAAGCACUGCUGAACAACCCUAUUUAUUCACUAGACAUGUUCAUUUCCUCAAUUUCUCAAGGUUUGGAGGAGACCAACCAGUAUACAUCAAUAUUAUCCGAGAUCCCAUCAACCGUUUUUUAUCUAACUAUUUUUUUCGCCGUUUUGGAGAUUGGAGAGGGGAGCAGAACCAUAUGAUCCGUACCCCAAGCAUGAGACAAGAGGAGAGAUAUUUAGAUAUUAAUGUGUGUAUCCUUGAGAACUACCCUGAAUGUUCCAAUCCCAGGUUAUUUUAUAUUAUUCCAUAUUUCUGUGGACAGCAUCCAAGAUGCAGGGAACCUGGUGAAUGGGCCCUCGAGAGAGCAAAAGUGAAUGUGAAUGAAAAUUUUCUACUCGUGGGGAUUCUGGAAGAGUUGGAAGAUGUGCUGCUUUUACUAGAAAGAUUUUUACCUCAUUAUUUCAAAGAUGUACUCAGCAUCUACAAAAACCCAGAACACAGGAAACUCGGCAAUCUAACUGUGACAGUGAAAAAGACCGUCCCUUCUCCAGAAUCCCUACAAAUCCUGUACCAGCGCAUGAGAUACGAAUAUGAGUUUUACUAUUAUGUCAAAGAACAGUUUCACUUGCUGAAGCGCAAGUUUGGACUCAGAUCUUCAAACACUAACUUUUCUCCUAGACCAGAAUUUGUCAUUCCUUCUCCUCUGGAAACAGAAGAGCCCAUACCGGAAGACGAGGAACAAGAUGACGAAAAGUGGUUGGAAGACAUCUAUAAAAGAUGAUGCAAGGACUACAUUUUCUUCUACCUUGUGUUGCCAGGUUUUUCAGAAACUGUUAAGAAAAUUUCUAAAAGAACUGAGUUCAUGCACAGCAGCAUUUAAAAAGACAUAUUCUCCAAGUUGAAUGGAUAUAGAGUGAGACACCUGCUAGGAAUAGUUUAUAUGAAUAAAAUUAUUUUUGUUUUCCUUGACCCCAUUGUAUCCUAGUAGCAAGGACAUAGACGUGUCAUCUCUUUUCUUCUUACAAUUAACAUUUUUGUUGUAAAAUAUUGCUGUAUGCCAUGCCUACUUGCAAAGUGAUGUAGAACAGAGUGUAAGUCAUUUGCAUUUUUCUCAAAACUUCUUUGCCUCAACUAGUAUUUAUACCAAAUCUAUUCUAAUCUCAGUGGAGCACCUGAAUAGCAGAAUAUAGGGAGCUUUGUGUGAUGACAUGAAUAGGGAAUGCUGUUGUGCUAAUAUAGUAAAUUGCCACUAUACCAUCGGAUUAUGAAAAAAGCACACUACAUUUCCCUGUAGGUGUGUCUUGCAAGGGCAGUAUUAACAGUACAAGAGGAAUGAGAAGUUAAGGCAAUGAUGUAGUAAAUAUCUGGGUACUUCAAAGUAUAGUGACAUUUGAAAUGACUGAAAGACAGAAAGGACAAUGUGGAAUUUGCCAUCCCCCCUCCCCAAGUUGUUGAAAUUGAACUAUGGGAAAGCAUGGGAGGUUAAUUCUUUACCAGAAGAAAUUCUUCUGUCUUAUUAUGUCCAUGAAUGUUAUUAGACAGAUGUCUUCAAGGAAAGGAGCAGGAAUAUUCAAAUAUAUUUAGUAGGAAAAACUAUUCUUUUACUGAAGGGAAGAAAAUACCUGUAAUACUAUGAGCAGUUUAUGCGAUUGAUCAAAGGAUUUUCUAAUGGAAAACAGAAGCAUAUCACCAAUAUCUCUCAAAUAUUUUGGACUAAAGAAAACUCAGAUGCCAAUUAAGAGAAACAGAAAUGCAUUCUGUGAUUCAUUGGGAAAAAAAAAUAAAAGAUUAACUAUAGUCUCUUCAGGUGCUAUCAGCUCUGCCUUUUUGGUGGCAGAUGUUUGACCAUAGUAUCUAGCCAAGGGCAGGUAUUCUGGCAUAAAACAAAGUAAAGACUCACUAGUGCCUUCAUCAAACUUAGAAUGUUAGCCAGAGUACUACAGUCUACAACUAAUGUACAAUGGGGAGUAUUAUAUUACUACUCUUGGGAACAAGGCUUGGAUAGGUUUAUGUUUUGUUUUUAAAUAUAUCAGAGGUACUGCAUCUUGUUUUGAUAUUUUCUUUCCCACCAACUCUUAGGCAGAUUCCCUACUUAGAGCAUGUGGGCAUCAACUAACACUGCAAACCAUCAUUAUCUGUCGUGUGUUUUUAAACUGUAUGAGCAGGAUUUGAAUACAUAUUGUUAGAUCAACAACAUCAUAGAUGGAUUAUUUUGUCACUGGCAUCCUGAUUUUGUGGUUCCAAUGCACUACUCAAAGGAACACACAGGAACAGUAAAAUAAUAUUUAACCAAGAUGCUGCAUUGUAUAUUUUAAGUGGUUUCUGUGAAAUUACAUUUAAAGAGUAACAGUUAGUUUACACACUGUGGAAUUGUUUUGUUUUGGGAAGCAAAUUAAUAUUCAUAUUAUGGGUAUCAUUGUUUUAAGUUCAAAUUUGUAUCUAUAUUGCAAGAGUCCUGGGUCACUUAACAUGUACACUUUCACUGCAGUUACACUGCUGCUUAAAUCUAUUUUUAUCAUUCUAUUUAAUAUUAUUCUUUGCCAUGAACACUUUGCAAUGUUAAAAGCAACAACUGUCAGGUGAUUUACUUGCUGGGUUUUAAUGUUGUAUAUUUUUUGUACAAGCAACUUGGCCUCUACUUCCAGGAAGGUACUUCAUAAAUUUAUUUGGCACAUAAGCUUUUGAGAUUUCUAACACAACAGCCCGUUUAUCAGUCAUGAGAUAGAUUUUUAUAAUUUACUUUAAAGAAUUUAGAAGCACAUUUUAAGUUUGUUGAUCUUUUGACUUAUUUAUUGUGACUUUUAGCACAUUCCAAAUUCUAAGUUGCUCAGGAAAGGAGUUCAUUUAAAUGAUCUUAUUUUAGUUCUGAUGGGUUUUUUUGUUUUGUUUUGCAUUUAAGAAUGAAAAUAACUGUUAUAAAGCCUUCAGCCCAUGACAGUCUUGUAGGAAAGUCCAUACUUGUUUGUAAAUCUCUGUGAGAGAGAAAAGGUAGGUUCUUAGCAUAUGUGAAAAUAAUAGAGCAUAUAUGUACAUUGGGUUAGUUGUAAAUGAAAGCAGCCAUUGUUUGAAUUAAAUAUUCUUUAACUUAUUCAUUGACCUAUUUGAUUUUAAAAUAUACAACAUUCAUUUAUAUAUUUCUAGUCCACUAAUAUUUCUGUUUAGAACCUGUGCUGUUCUUCAGUAACCAUCCAUUUCUCUUCCCCCGCCCCCAGAUCCACAGUUUAAAUGCUUUCUCCUUUGAAUCACCUUUUAAAAGAAUGCUGUGUUAUACCUUAAAAUACUUAAGAGGCACAAAGGCGAACUUCUUUGGGAGUGUGAAAAUUGCAUGAGAAGUACAGUCUAUAUUUAGAGCUGUGCUAUCAUGCCAAAAUGCUUUCUUGCUGUUAUGGAAUAAUUUUUAAUGCAUAGCAGCUACAGCUUAACCCCCUGCAUUGCUCUUUACUUCAUUAACACAAGAUACAGGUAGGGUGAUAUUUGAUGUCCAGGCUCAGUCCUCUGCUUGUCCACAGUCCUCAGACAGCUUAAUAAAACUUUAUAAACCAAGUGUCCUCACAUUAAACACUUUUAAUGCUACAGAUUCUAAAAUCAAAUUAAUAAAUGGUACGUGUGUUUAAUUUAUUUCAAUGUAUUCUGAGGAAGUACCAUUGCAUUGCAGUGAUUUAAAAUGCACUUGCAUCAUUGUAAAACCAUUAAUGUCUUUUCUUUUAAAGGUACAUUUGAACAUAUUAAUUUCCUUGAAUGUCUUGGUUUUCAUCUAUCUUUUUGAUGAAUUCAUUUGAUAAAGGUCUAAUCAGACUCCCAAAACUUCUGAAUGAGAGUAGAACAAUUCUAUUUCUGCCAGAAGAAUCUAUGCUGAAUUGAAAUGUUUUGCCUAUGGUCAACCAAAAGUACAUUUGAAAGCAAUUAAAUUUUGUGUAAAUUAAUAAAGACCUGUAAUUUGCAAGGA